UUGCAAGUUUUUUCUUGAAAUAAUCAUCAAAAUAAUGUCUUCGAAUGAUUGUGAUUAUCAACAAUUUAAAGCCAUAUUUGUUGGCAAAUGUAUCGUUAAGGAUCCUAUGGCUAAAACGUCGGUCAAAAUGGCAACACGUAGUAUCGUGAAACAUAUGUUCAACAACAACAGUCAAAGUCGUCGUCGUAGUCUACCGAAAUUCGGAACCAAUUCAAUGGAUUCUUUGGAGGUUAUUAUCAACGUAUAUUCCGAUCGAGUAUUGGUACGAAAUCGUUCUUUAAUCAUGAUGAUGGAAGAUUCUGAGCGAAUCGAUGACCAAUUAUUCGAAUGGAAUAGCAAAACUAUAUCCAGUUGUUUUGUACUGCGUGAAGAUAAACGUAUCAUCUCGGUCGUAGCAUUUAAUCCUGAAAAUUUACAAAUGGAAGCUUAUGUAUUCUACAUGGCUGAUCGAUUUAUAGUUGCUCAAUUAAUGAACAUUCUCUAUAAAAUGUUGGUUGAAAAUUUCACCACGAUUAAUGGUGGUCAUGAUGGUAAUGAAGAUUCAAAUUCAAGUACCGAUUCAUUGUGUGAUAAUCAUCAAAAACCAAUCAAACUAUUAAUGACAAUGGUGGAUGGACGACAAAAAAAUAUUCCAAACAAUCAUCAUUCCUCCAGUGAUGAUAUACAAUUGAUAAAUCUUUGAAUGGGUCGCUACCACCACCACCGCAUCAAACAUGCGAAAGUUUUUAAAAGUUUUUGUUAAAACAAGUUGUAUUUUAUUGCUUUUAAAAUCCAAAUAAAUAAAAAAAGAAAAUUUUCAAUUUUCAA